AUGAAUAAUAUCCUUAAUAUGACCCCAAAGAUCGUCCUUAUCACUGGCGGGAACGGUGGAAUUGGGUAUGAGACUGUGAAAGCCUUGUUUGAAAGCGAAAAGCCCUAUCACAUUUUCAUGGGCAGCAGGUCACUAGCAAAGGCAGACGAGGCCAUCGAAAAGCUCAAAAAUGAAUGUCCUUCCGCGACCAAUAGAGUUGAAUCACUCCAGGUCGAUUUGACAAGCGAUGAGUCCAUCGAGAGUGCAUUUCAGAAAGUGAAAUCUGGCCCAGGUCACAUCGAUGCACUUAUCAACAAUGCCGGUGCAACAUUCGAUCUGGAAUACCUUGCCGAUCGAGUUUCUCUUCGCGAAUGUUUCAACAAUGCCUACAAUGUGAAUGUCGCUGGGACAAACGUCAUGACUGCAACUUUCAUCCCCCUUCUGCUCAAGUCAGCUGAUCCUCGCCUGAUAUUUGUGACCGGUCUGUCCGCUAUCAACCAAGCUGCAGAGUCAUAUUUCCCCACGCCCCCUCAGCCAGCCGGGUGGCCCAAAAAUAUCGAUUUUGAAACUAUCGGGUAUCGUUGCAGUAAGGUUGCUUUGAACAUGAUGAUGCUAGACUGGAGCCAUAAGUUGAAGGCGGAUGGCGUGAAAGUGUGUUGCGUGGGUCCAGGAAUGCUGGCAACCAAUCUGGGAGGUGUGCCUGAAUUGGCAAUUGCGAUGGGAGCCAAGCACCCAAGUAUUGGGGGACAAUUGUUGAGGAAGGUCGUGGAGGGCGAGAGGGACGAUUCUAUGGGGAAGAUUAUUGUGCAACAGGGAGUGAUGGAAUGGUAG